AUGGCCACGACCAUUGCGGCAGAGACGCUCAAGCAGUAUCUGGCCGACAGCCCGCCCACCGUGGUCCCGCUCGUGAUCAAGCCGCACUUUGAGGCGCUGACCGACAAGGAGAAGCUCUAUGCGCACCACCUCUCUCUCGCCUGCUUCGCCGGGACGCGCAUCGUGCUCCGCCAGCUCUCGCCCGAGUCGGAGCCCAUCUACGACUUCAUCGUCGCCCUGCACAAGCACACCAAGGGCGACUACGAUGGGCUCGCCACCGACGCUGGGCUGUCACGUGACGAGCUCGACGCCUAUCUCGACUAUGCCGCGCAGUUCCUCGGCAACCUUGGCAACUUCAAGUCCUUUGGCGACUCCAAGUUCGUCCCGCGCCUCGAGCCCCGCCAGCUGAAGGCGCUGGCGACCACGUCCACAGAGGCGCUGGGCUAUUACGAGCAGUUCAAAGACGCCAUCUUCGCCGGCGACGAUCGGGCGAAGCUGCACCUGGGGUACCCCAGCGCGGGGCAUGUGUCGACGUACUACCCCGACUCGCCGACCAUCACCGAGGAGGACAUCACGGGCGUGAGCGGGUUCCUUGAGAACAAGGGGCUUCUGCCCGAGAACACGCGCAUCCGGAAGACGGGCGACGGGUUCGAGGUCCUGAUUGCCUCGGCGCUGGAGGAGCCGUCGCCGGCGCAGAGAGACGUGGAGGAGAGCGAGUGGACGCUGGACGAUGGGAGGAGCGUCAGGCUGGUGUUUGGCGACCACUCGCGCGAGAUGGAACUGAUCGCGCACCACAUCGAGCAGGCCAAAAAGUACGCGGCCAACGAUAACGAGGUCAAGAUGAUGGACGAGUACGCCAAGAGCUUCCGGACGGGCUCGCUGGAGGCGUUCAAGGAGAGCCAGCGCGCGUGGAUCAUGGACAAGGGCCCGACGGUCGAGUCGGAUAUUGGCUUCAUCGAGACGUACCGCGACCCGCACGGCAUCCGCGGCGAGUGGGAGGGCUUCGUGGCCAUGGUCAACAAGGAGCGCACCAAGGCCUUCUCCAAGCUGGUCGAGUGCGCGCCGCAGUACAUCCCCAAGCUGCCCUGGGGCAAGGAGUUUGAAAAGGACAAGUUCCUGAGCCCCGACUUCACGUCGCUCGAGGUGCUGACCUUUGCCGGCAGCGGCAUCCCCGCGGGCAUCAACAUCCCCAACUACGACGACAUCCGGCAGAACUUUGGCUUCAAGAACGUGUCCCUCGGCAACGUGCUCAGCGCCAAAGCCGCCAACGAGAAAAUCCCCUUUAUCAAAGACGCCCAGCAGGCCAUGUACAAAGCGAACGCCGACCAGGCUUUCGAGGUGCAGGUCGGCCUGCACGAACUCCUGGGCCACGGCUGUGGCAAGCUGCUGCAAGAAACCGCCCCCGGCGAAUUCAACUUCGACCCGGCCAACCCGCCCAUCUCGCCUAUCACGGGCGCGCCGAUCCGCACCUGGUACAAGCCGGGCCAGACGUGGGGCAGCGUGUUCGGCGCCAUAGCAGCAUCCUACGAGGAGUGCCGCGCGGAAUGCGUCGCCAUGGCGCUGAGCUGCGAAUUUCCAAUCCUAGCGCUCUUCGGCGUGGGUGACGGCACCGUGGACCUCGACGGGCCCGCGGGCGACAUGCUGCACACGGCGUAUCUGAGCAUGGCGCGCGCGGGCCUGGUGGCGCUCGAGUUCUGGGACCCGGCGACGCGCAAGUGGGGCCAGGCGCACAUGCAGGCGCGCUUCAGCAUCCUACGUACCUUUCUCGCUGCGGGCGUCGAGUUUGCGGAGCUCGAGUGGACGCGCGACGACCUGGGCGAUCUGACGAUCCGCAUCGAGCGCGGGCGCAUUCUGGAUCUGGGUCGCGCCGCAGUCGAGGACUAUCUGCAGCGGCUGCAUGUGUACAAGAGCACUGCGGACGUUGUGGCGGCGAGGAAGAUGUAUGAUGAUAUCACAGACGUUGAGCCGUUUUAUGAGAAUAGGGUUAGGCCUGCGGUGCUGGCGAGGAAGACGCCGAGGAAGGUGUUUGUGCAGGCCAACACUGUCGAGAGCGGGGGGAAGGUGGAGUUGCGCGAGUAUGCUGCAGAUGCGAGGGGCAUGGUUGCGAGCUAUGCUGAGAGGGAGUACGUCUGA